GUUGUGGGUCAGACGACGCCAAUGUUCACUGGAACCGUAAGGGUGAAAAUAUGCGAGGCUUGCGGGUUGAGACCCACGGAUUUUCAAACGCGGCAUAGUAUGGCGUUUGGGAAACCUGAUGACCAGCCAAUAGAUCCUUAUGUGUCGAUAGACGUGGAUGAAAAUCAUUUAGAUCGUUCAUCAACAAAACCGAAGACUUGUGAUCCAGUAUGGAACGAGUACUUCGUCCACGACGUCCAAGGCGCCGUCAACCUGGGGUUGACUGUUUUCCACGAUGCCGCCAUCCCGCCUGACGAUUUUGUGGCAAACUGCAAUAUUCCAUUCGAAGAUCUCGUUCACAGAGAUCGGGAUUCUGCUGACUUUUGGGUGGAUCUUGAACCGCAAGGAAGGUUACACAUUCGCAUUGAGCUUAAAUGGAAGUCACAAGAGCAUUCAACAUCAAAACCCCGGGAGUUCAAGGAGAGGCAGGGUUUCUACAGGAGACGUGGGGCCUUGAGACGGCGUGUACACCAAGUAAAUGGUCACAAGUUCAUGGCCACAUUCCUCCGUCAACCAACCUUUUGCUCCCACUGCCGCGAGUUUAUCUGGGGUUUGGGGAAACAAGGCUACCAGUGUCAAGUCUGUACAUGUGUGGUCCACAAACGCUGCCAUCAUUCAGUGGUCACAAAGUGUCCUGGCAUGAAGGAUGCAACACAGGAUGAGCAGCUGAACCAAGGUAUCCAACAGAGUCAGCGGUUCAAUGUGAACAUCCCACAUCGCUUUAUGGUACACAAUUACAAGAGGUUUACAUUUUGUGACCAUUGUGGCUCUCUGUUAUAUGGACUCUUCCGUCAGGGACUCCAGUGUGAAGUUUGCAACAUGAAUGUACAUAAGCGAUGCCAGAAGAAUGUGGCCAAUAACUGUGGCAUAAACACAAAGGAAAUGGCCCAGAUCUUGGCAGCCAUGGGAAUCUCGACAGACAAGCUGGGUCCACCACCGCGUAAACCCAAUAAGUCAAGUGGGUCAUCAAGUAGUGUGCAGUCCGCUGGGGACCGCAUCGGAGGGGGUGGAGGAACAGUGGCUCUGUCAACUGCUGAGCAUGAUGAAUCUGGAGUAAGGAGGGAUGACCUAGGUCCUCCAUGUCAAACUUCUGAAGGAGGGGAAAACGAUUCCGAGAACCGUAUUCUUGUUCCGCCAUUUACAGAUGACAAGAAUCGCGAGAAGAACAAAGACACUUCUGAAACUGAAGGAAGUCGUCUAGAUCGAGCAGAACAAAUCACAGAGAGAGGAGGAAGUGGCCAUGAAUGUAGAAUUUGUCUGGAAGACUUCCACUUCAUCAAAGUUUUGGGUAAGGGUAGCUUUGGCAAGGUGAUGCUUGCAGAACGGAAGGUACCGGGUGGAACUGGAUCCACUGAUGAAGUGUAUGCUGUAAAGGUGCUCAAGAAAGAUGUCAUCAUCCAAGAUGAUGAUGUGGAUUGCACCAUGACGGAAAAAAGGAUUCUUGCCCUUGCUGCCAAACAUCCCUUCCUCACUGCACUUCAUUCAUGCUUCCAGACUAAGGACCGAUUGUUCUUCGUUAUGGAAUAUGUGAAUGGUGGGGACCUCAUGUUCCAAAUCCAGCGAGCACGCAAGUUUGAUGAGCCACGAGCACGAUUUUAUGCUGCUGAGGUGACAUUAGCAUUGCAGUUUCUCCACAGACACGGGGUUGUGUAUAGAGAUCUGAAGUUAGACAAUAUUUUACUGGACAACGAAGGCCAUUGCAAGUUGGCUGACUUUGGAAUGUGCAAGGAAGGAAUAGUUGAUGGGGCCACCACCACAACAUUCUGUGGCACUCCAGAUUACAUUGCUCCGGAGAUUCUACAAGAGCUGGACUAUGGGCCAAGUGUGGACUGGUGGGCUUUAGGAGUACUCAUGUAUGAGAUGAUGGCUGGGCAGCCCCCUUUUGAGGCCGACAACGAAGAUGAUCUCUUUGAGUCUAUCCUGCAUGAUGAUGUGCUGUACCCAGUGUGGCUAACAAAGGAGGCUGUGUCCAUACUCAAAGGGUUCAUGACAAAGAAUCCUGCCAGACGCUUGGGCUGUGUUGCGGCUCAUGGCACUGAGGAGGCCAUCAGAAACCACCCGUUCUUUCGAGAGAUGGACUGGGAUGCUCUUGAAGGAAGACGUGUGAAGCCACCAUUCAAACCAAAGAUUAAAAGUAAAAAGGAUGCUCUGAACUUUGAUGCUGAGUUCACAAAAGAAGAUCCAGUGCUGACGCCUGUUAAUGCUGAUGUUGUUCGUGCUAUUAACCAAGAAGAGUUCAAGGGCUUCUCAUUUGUGAAUCCUGAUUUCAACCCAGGAAGGUAUCAGGCAGAUAAAUCCACAGCCUAAAGGAGCCCAGUGCUAGUGUGGUCAGUUGGUCCUAACUUCAACAGUCACUAGUUCUCACAGUAGCCGUGGCAUGUUCCCAUGAAUACUGCCUAAAUUUAAUUGCCAUGGCAACAAGCGCACAGCUGCUGAAGUGAGAUGGCUGCCUACAUGAUGCAACAGUGAUGUCACCAUGACAACAUGGCUGCCUAAUGCCUGUAAAUACAAUGGCUGCCUAAUACCCUAGGUUAGAACUAACUUUAGAAUAGAACAUUGUUGCCUCAACAUUUUCCUCUGUAAAGCCAAAAACCCUUGUCUAACCCCCUGAGUGUUGUGUCUAAAGCAAUGUUAUGUCAGAUUUAGUGCAAUCAGUGUAAACAUUUUAUAUACACAUAAACAAGAUAGAAGAACAUUAAAUGUAUGUAUAACCAUAAUUUAUACAGUUUAACUGAAGUUCUCUGUAAGAUAAUUACUAUUAAGAAUUUGUUUUUUAAUAAUGACAUUUCUGUUGGUGCACCUCCCAAGGACACUGAAUUAAGUCGAGGGACUUGAUUCACAAUAGUACUAUGGUCAGUAUUUUUGACAUUGGCCAAGUCGAAACAAAAUUGUCAUCGUACAGUUGUGUACUUACGAGAUUAGUUGUCUGGUCAGGUUGGUGAAAGCACAAUAUGUAUCAGAAUUAAUUGUAAAGUAUGCCCCUAGAAUGUUGUCCAUUAUGUAAGUAAUAAUGUAAUGUGUGAAACUGUAUACGACGUUCAUGAAGGGAACGGGAGUGUAUGUCAGAAUGCAUCACAUAGCAUAAAACUGAAUGUGGUGCUCAUUUUAACAAAAUAUUGAGCACACAGAAAAGGUAUAACAAAGUAUGAAUGUGCAGGAGAGUGUGAUUGUUAUUAUGUAUCAUGCACGGUUCUAAGCUUCCAUUUUGCAUGGCAAGAAUCUUUGCCAAGGCCUACUGUCGCUCGUAAUGUGGAGCGGCAACAAAAAAUGAUGUACGUAAUGUUACAUAAAAUUUGUCCUCCGUUUUGUUGUAAAAGUAUGUAUGUUUGUUGUGUUAGAGUCUGAAAAUAUUUACGGGUGUUUGUUGUUGUCCUUGUUGUUUACAUUGUUGUCGCAGUUGUUGAUACAGUGCGCAUUAUAUUAUUUAGCUGUGUUUUCAGAAUACCAUAAAUGAGGUAUAAUCUUACACAUUUUAAAGAGUACAGAGAAGUCACAAACAAAUCUACUUGGUAAUAUAAUACCUUGUUGUAAGUGUGGAAACAGACACAACUUUUUAGCCGUUUGUACAAUAAGUGUACAGACCUAAUGUUUUAAAAAGUGUAAUUGCAUUUUUAAAUAGAACAUAUUUAGAGAAGGUUGUAAGUGUAAAAUAGCUGAGUUACCAAGUACAUGCACACUUCUCUUGUUUACAAGAACUGUCUUAACUUAAGGACAUAUACCAAAAGGGUUACUGAGGUAAAUCUACAAACAUAUAUAUAUAUAUGACCAGAGGGAACUUUCCCCAAUCAACUAAUUACCAUGCAAUGCUGACUGUCAAAAUCUAGUCAUUAGGGACAAAUGCGUUUGAUGCAUAAUGUUAUUAAUAAUAAAUAUGACUACUAUAAUAAUGUGAAAUAACAUUGGGAGUCAAAUUUCCUGUUACAAGAUCACAACCAGUGAAUACAUAGGUUCAUUUUACUAUAUGUAUAUUAUACAAAUGGACUUACUCAAGUCAUGUCGUCAUGAAUUGAGGGAAAUGUCUGGCCUAUUCUUUAUCACAUGGAUUGACAUUCAUCAUUUAUGGUUGUAACAUAGUGUCUUGAAAGGCACUGAGGUUUUGAUGCAGGAGCUGGUGUAAUUAGUCAAAGAUGUGUCUGCCAUGUAAGUAGGAUUGUGUGUGUGAACAUUUUUUGAGAUCAGCUGACUGAAAAAAAAAACUCGUUAGAUUUAACACAAGAAAUAUAUAUAUAUAUAUCUUAAAACAUCUAUAUUAAUAUUAUAUACUUGAGUAUUUGUGAUGAAGAAUUGCACAAGUUGAGUGAUUAAUGUUGAACACAAGACAGGAAUGAUCACUUGUUUGUUGGGCUACUGAUGGUGACCUGAUUAAACAUUUGGUCGAUUUCUUCGGAAUUUCCCAACACACUUUUUUUUUUUCCACUUUUCCGAUGAAACCUGACCAUUACAUUAACUAAUAGUCACAGGCUAUACUACUGUACACUGUGGGUUGAUGAAGUGUUAUGAAAACUACUGUAAUGUCCUUUUUUUAAAAAAGAAAUAGCAAUCUUAGUCUAUAACUAUCUGUAGCUAUGUGUUCUAGAGUAGACACAGGCCUUUCCUUGUCAGUGCUGAAAUACUGGAACACUAACGCAAUGCCAUCAUAUCUCCGUCAACGUGAUUUGUGGUGAUGCGUCAGGCUGGAUGCAGCUCCUGUUAUCCUCAUGCUAACGAACGAAUGCCAGAAGCUCAAGCACCAUCCCACUGCAAUGGCAACAUGGCAGUACUCCUGCAGCCUGCGCCUCCCACCGUCCUCAAUGGAACGGAACUGCAGCGAGUGUUCUACCAUGUCAGGUUGAAACGUUCACUUCACGCAUUCGUUUGUUUGUUAUCUCCUUGCCAACCGUGAUAUACGGCUGGCUGUGUUUUCAAAUCGCUUUGUUGAUCCGCUUAGUGCUGCAACCAAACCUCUUAGCCGUCCUCGCUCGCUCCAUUAACUUCUAUAUGUCAUUGUGGAAACUUUUAUGUGUUGUUCAUUAAAAAGUGACAAAAAACUAGUCAUCAGUAUUUGUUGUCAUCGCACAUCACAUUGAGAUCUGAAGCUUUGUUAGCAUCUAGUUUUUUUCAGCUGAUUAAAGAAUCAGAGGUGAAAAUGUAUGAUGUAUACUGGCUUACAUGUAUUGAAUUAUUUUCAUAAUUAAAUAGGCAGUCUUAGACUGGCAAAGAGUGAAAGUCCAUCACAGGCUACUGAAAAUCAGUUGAUUAAAACUAACACAAAGAAUGCCCUUGCAUCACAGCAAUUGGGCACCCUGUUUUUGUACUAGUAGUUGCAUCAUGUCCCAAAUAAAUCUGGUCCAUGCGAAGCCUAAAACAUUAUUUCCAUAGUCAUUUGAAGUGGUACAAUAAAACAUGUAUUUAUUUAUAUUUGUAGAGUUUAAAUUAUAUUUAAAAAUGCAUUUAGUACUCAUAUUUUGAUUUUUUCCCCAUAAAUUAAUAUAUUGUUGAUGUGUUAUUGUAUUAGGGAACGAAUUUUUUAAUAAUGUGAUGGUCUAAUGAACACAUGUUUCAGUUUAUUUGUUAGUAGGUGUUUAACAAUAGGUAAUUUGUGCCUGGAACAACAAACAUGAUUGCAUUGCUGAUCACCUUUCUAUAUUAGGCUUAAUAGCAUAUGUGAGUGCAAGAUCUGGUAAAUAUGAUAUAUGAUAAAAACCCAGUUUUAAAUUUGAAAUGGUUGAAAAGUGAAUAUGUUGUACCUUUAAAAAUUAUGGACCUAAUGCAUUAGUUCUCCAAGAGAAUACAUUGCAUAUUUCUUGGGACUUUAGUUCGUUAAUGUUGAUGUACUUAAAAGCACUAUUCAAGUAUUACGAAAAUUUGCAGUAUUUGCUGUCACCAGAGCAUAAAGAAAAAA